UUACACCGCGGGGAGAGACUGGACUCAGGACGCACGCAUAUUUACCACCAGACACUUGGCUUUUGCGCAGGAGACGGCGGUGUGGACUUUACGCGCGGAGCUUCAUCCAAACCUUAAAAACAUAUGUUUUGUUUUCUUAGUUUGUUAUUUUGUAUUACGCACAUGACUCGAAGUUUAGUCUCCAGUUCUGUUUUUUUGGUGGAGUCCACUUUGUGACAAUUAUAACGGAAAGAUGAACGUGUCUUUGUUUGACUUAACGCAGGGCGCGCUGUAUAACAGCAGUCAGACCAUAGCCGGGACUCUGGCCAACUACUCCGGGAACGCCACGGACACAGUGGUGACCGCGGACGGAGGGGGGCCCCUGAACCUACUACAGGACGAGCGCAAACUCUUUGUGAUGCGCGUGGUGCAGAUUGCGGUGCUGUGCGUCCUGUCGCUCACUGUGGUCUUCGGGAUUUUCUUCCUCGGCUGCAACCUGAUGAUCAAGUCUGAAAGCAUGAUCAACUUCCUGGUGAAGGACCGGAGACCGUCCAAAGACGUGGAGACGGUGAUGAUCGGGCUCAGCUAGGACUUAAACUCCGCACGUCCCUCGGUCAGAGGACGCAUAUGCAAAGACUCACCGUGUCCUUCCUCACGGCUGCUGCUUCAGCCACUCUGUCCGCGCGUAAAGUCCGUGCGUAAAACACGGCCGAUUGUUUACAUGUGGAGAUGGAUCAGUGCAUUUGAAAUUGCCAACUUGAACAAAACUCACAGAAAUGUUUACAAGUUGUUACCUCAUAAUGUUUUGCGUUAGUUUUUGGAAUAGAGAUAAAUGAAUGUUCUUCAGCAUGAUUGUGAAUUCUAGUUUUACAGUGAGUGAGGUAUUUUACAAUGGACCUGUCACAAAGUAUUUUCUGCUCUUUGGGUAACUUCCACUUUGCACGAUUUGAACUGGAGUCUUUCACAGCUUUAUGGAGUGAUCCUCGUCCUUUGGCAUGCUCGCUGUACGUGACUUUACGUGACAU